AUGAAACUUGAGGACAAUUCUUCCGAGUCAAAAGAGAAGACUGCUGCAUUGUCAUCCAAAGCUUCUCAUCAUCCACUGCUUAUGCAGAUAUUGUCAGAGGAGUUGAAAUGUGAAGUUAAUGACAUAGUGAGUAUUGAACUGAAUGUUUGUGAUACUCAACCUAGCUGCCUUGGAGGUGGAAACAAUGAAUUCAUAUAUUCUGGAAGAUUAGAUAAUCUGGCUUCAAGUUAUUGUGCAUUAAGGGCACUUAUUGACUCGAGUGAAUCUCCCGGUGACUUAGCAAAUGAACAUGCAAUUCGGAUGGUUGCUCUAUUUGACAAUGAGGAGGUGGGUUCAGAUUCUGCUCAAGGAGCUGGUGCACCCACCAUGUUUCAGGCCAUGAGACGGAUAGUUGCAAGCUUGGCAAAUAACAAUGUUGGUGAAGGCUCUUUUGAGCGAACUAUUCGCCAAUCAUUUCUUGUGUCUGCAGAUAUGGCCCAUGGAGUUCAUCCAAAUUUUUCAGAUAAGCAUGAAGAACACCACCGACCGGAGUUGCAGAAAGGACUUGUUAUUAAGUACAAUGCAAACCAGCGCUAUGCUACAAGUGGAAUCACAUCUUUUCUUUUCAAAGAAGUUGGGAAAAUCCAUAACCUUCCAACUCAGGAAUUUGUCGUUAGAAAUGAUAUGGGAUGCGGAUCAACCAUAGGUCCAAUACUCGCUUCUGGAGUUGGCAUCCGAACUGUUGACUGUGGGAUUGCUCAACUGUCAAUGCACAGUAUAAGAGAAAUAUGUGGGAAGGAAGAUAUAGACAUUGCUUACAAGCAUUUCAAAGCUUUCUAUCAAAACUUUUCCAGCAUAGACAAGAUGCUGACUGUGGAUGGCUGA